AUGGUUUAUUAACUUUUGAAAACAAUUAUUAAACAAGUAUUAUAAUUGAGAAACUAAAUAUCUUAAACUCAAAUUGUGGAAAAAAUGGAUGUGUCACAUUUAUGUUAUAAUAAGAGAAUGCAAUCAACCAAAAUUAAGAUUCUUAGGACUUCUUUAAUAUAGAUAAUCUUUAAAUCAAAAUAUCAAACCUUAUGUGCUAUUAAAAUAUUGCAAUAGAUGGAGGUUGUUUAUACAUAGCAAAUUAAAAAAUAUUAAUUACUUCAAGCAUAAUUUUAAGAAAUAAAGCUAAACAUGGUGGUGGUGCUAUAUUUACAAGAGGUAAUAAUACACUUUUGAUUUCAAAGAAUUUGUUUAUUUUGAAUAAUUCUGCAGAAUUUGGAAGUGGAAUUUAUAACUAAGAUAAACUGAAAAGUAAUCUUAAUGGAAUAUAACUCUUAAAUAAUAAUUAUUAAAAUUAUUCUAAUCAAAUUGAAGAAUAUCCUUAACAAAUAUACUUAUAAAUGUUUGAUAAUGAAAUUCUAAUUCCAAAAGUUGUAUCCUCAAAUAUAAAUUAAUAACAUGCUUAAUUUAUUUCCAAAAAUGGGCAAUAGACAAUCUUUCGAGUGCCAACAGGAAUUAAAAUAGCCGAAUAUAGAAAAUUUGAAAUAAAAAAUAACCAUUAUAAUUAAAAAUCCAUAUAAAUGAAAUUAUUUCCUGUUAAUUAAUAAUUAGAGAUAGUAAGAAAUCUAUUUAAUACAUAUUGUGAAUUGUCAAUUAAAAAUUUAAAUUAUUCUACUGAAUAAGUUGAAAAUCUAAUAAAUUCUAAUAAAAAUAAAUUUUACUUUAAUGAAAAAACAUUUGCUUAUGAAUUAGAUGAUUUAAUAUUUUAUUUACCAUAAAUUCCUGAUAUAAUUUAUGAAUUGUCAAUUUAAUGUAAUAGUAUAUUUGUUCCAAUAGUAAAUAAAUAAAACUAAUUAAUUGAAAAGUAUAUAUUUUAGCUUAUUUAGUUAUCACUAAAAUUAUUUGUUGACCUUAUUAAUUUAACCAUUGGAAUGUCAAUUAGGAGAAUUUAGUUAAGACAUUAAAGAUUAUUGUCAUUAGUGUAGAGUGGAUUAAAAAUAGUACUCUGUAACGAUUCGAGCUACAUAAUGCUAAAUCGUUGAUGACACUAAGAUUUAAAAUUUCACCUAAGCUCAAAUUUUUUUGAAAUAGGUUAAUAUUAUUAAUUUAUAUUAUUUAGAAUUAUUGGAGGAUGUAUGUCACUUCUUCAAUCAUAAAUUUGUGCUCAAAUAAAUAAGAAAAUUGUAUAGGAGGUUGGGGAGUUGGAGAUAACUUAUGCAAAUUAGGAUAUUUAGGUGCUCUUUGUGAAUAGUGUGAUUAUUAUAAUAUCAGAGGAGGAGGACAAUUUCAAAGAAUUCAUUAGUUUGAAUGUUAAAUUUGUGAAGAAUUUAAUUACAGCUACUUAAUGAAUCUUGCUAUUUUAAUUUUAUUGUAAAAUUAAUAUUUAUAAUAGAUUUGGUUUGUUGUUCUUUAUAAUUAAUUAUCUUACUAAUAAAAGAAAUGA